AUGAGUACUAUCGCUAUGCCAUUUGACCCUACGUUUACUAUGGGAAGCCGAUCAUCCUUCACCUGGCCUGGCCUUGACAACAGCGAGUCAAGCGGAGCUCUUCUCGGCCACAACCUCUCGUCACUCGGGCACGCACCAGACGCCAGUCUCACACCUCCCAGCGGAUCCAGAUCAGUAACAGCAAGCCCGCCGCGGGGAGCUCUGACGCCUGAGCAGCGAGAACUCAAGAAGCAGAGAGAUAUGGCACGCCGGGACUCGAAAGCAUCCCAGCGCGUCAGGAGGGCAGGGAGCAACCCAUAUGUCCACUCGCCACCGCUUAGCCUUCCCGACGUAUCGUCAACGAUGGGCGUCCCUGUCUACACGACAGCACCGGCACCCAUCUCCCUGCUUGCAGAACCGACCACAACGAUGGGUUCAUCGUCAUACCUGCCGUCCUACAGCCCGCCUCUAUCGGACCACGGCUACCAAAGCGGACACCCCCCGAUGGCCGCAGCUUACAACAUGGGUGGCAUGGAUUAUAGCCAAUUCCAACAACCAACACAUUAUGGAAGCCGACCGCCGAUGCCCGUUGGACAAGACCCGAGCAUGAUGUACGGCGUACCGCCCUCGAUGAGCGGCGGCCCCGGAACCCCGGACCAAGGAGGCCACGUCAGGGUAGUGCAGAGCCGACCCAAGCCCCAGUGCUGGGAGCACGGCUGCAACGGGCGACAGUUCUCGACUUUCAGCAACCUGCUGAGGCACCAGAGGGAAAAGUCAGGCCAGGCCGCCAAGGCGACGUGUCCCAACUGCGGGGCCGAAUUUACAAGGACGACGGCGAGGAACGGCCAUCUCCUCCACGACAAGUGCAAGCAACAACAGCAGCAGCAACGUCGGAACACAUAG